AUGCCAGACGGACAAAAGUAUAUCUGUACACAGGGACCACUCUUGGAAUGCGUUGGAGAUUUUUGGCAUAUGAUUUUAACAGAGAGAAGUAAAGUUAUAGUAAUGUUAUGUAAUUUUAAUGAGGAAUAUCUGUCUGGUUUAAACAAUAGACAAGACGCGAGACUCCCUGAUUAUGAAAGUCGCUUGAUAUUUUUUGGGUUGGGAAUUAUUCGCGUGUUUCCGAUGUUGCGCCUCGUCACUUCGCGACCGAUUUUCUCAAGACGUUGUUUGAUGCGUUCGUAUGCAGAAAUUAUCAAUUCAAACCCACUCAAAUGGAUCCGCCAUGCUUCGCUGGCGCUAGCUUAA